AUGUUUGGUUCUUGUGAUUCCGAUAGCAGCAUCCGCGACUACUAUAGAAGGCAAUCAUGGGGUGAUCAAAGCAAAUUUAAGAAUGUGUUGUCAAGAUUGAGUGAGGAGGUGGAGGAAUCUGGGCAACUGGCUACCCUCACUGAGCUUUGUGAAUUGUUGUCCUUUGCUACUGAUAGUUCAUUAUCUAGCUUAAUGACGGACUCAUUUUCUCCUAUACUUGUGAAGUUGGCUAGGCAAGACAGCAAUCCUGAUAUAAUGCUCUUGACAACAAGGGCAAUGACUUAUUUGUGUGAUGUUAAUCCUCGUUCCUUAGGUUUUCUCGUUAGACAUGAUGCAGUUCCUGUCCUUUGUCAAAAACUAAUGGUGAUUGAAUACUUGGACGUGGUCGAGCAAUGUUUGCAAGCAUUAGAGAAAAUUUCUCGUGAAGAACCCCUUGCUUGCUUGCAAUCUGGUGCAGUCAUGGCUGUUCUAAAUUAUAUCGAUUUCUUUUCCACAAGUAUGCAGACAUUGCUUGGAAAAUUGCUGCAAGGAGUGACCAUUGCUCAUGGUGGAGUGCUUCUAAGCAAUUUGGUUUUGAAGAAACGCUUAUUGUGA